AACAAAAAAUAUAAACAAAAAGACAAGUUUAUUAAAAUGACAACAUUUGAUAGCAACGGCUGGAAUGUGGACGAGACAGUUACGCUAAUUGGCAUUAUAAAGUCCCUCAAAGAAGUGAACGGACCGGGCAAACUGGACUGGCAGCAUGUGGCCAACCAAAUGGUCGAAAGCAAGACAACACCCAACGGACGCAGCAGAAGCAUUCUGGAAUUGCGCGACAGAUUCAAGAAAUUGCGGAAUGAUUACUUUACGGCACGCUAUCGAAAUCGUUCCUGUCAGUACUAUAACUAUCUGAACGAUCUGCUCAGCGACGAGCUGUCGCCGCGCAAGCAGCGUGCCGAAACGGAGGAGGAUGAGCCCAAGGAGCAGGAUCUGGAGCUGGACACGGGCGAGGACAUUAAAGUGGAGCACAAAUAUGCGCACACCUUGCAGCUGGAGUGCAACGGCGACACCACAAAUCCGGGCUCCGCGGUUAAGGUGCCGCUGCGCUGCAAGUGGGCGGAGGGCGAGGUGGAGGCAUUUCUGAACAUCAUCAUCAAACACAAGCUGCAGGCGCCGCUGCUGCGCAAACGCAAUGCCAAGGUGUUCAAGCUGCUCGCCCGGGAAAUGGCCAAGCGUGGAUUUGCCAAGCGGCCGGAUCAGCUGCGCGUCAAGUACCACCAGCUGCGGCGACAAUAUGCGAAGGCCAAGAACGGAGGCGAGACGUUCGAGCAUUUCGAGGAUAUGCACGCCCUGCUCAAUGGCUCCGUGCAGCAUGGCGAGAGCAGCGCCGGUGAGCGCGAGAGCGAUUCGAAUGACAGCGGCGAGGAGGAUGUCGACGCUGCCAUCGGCUCGGAGAGCGAAUCGGAAGGCGCCUUGGUGAGUGCCGCAAUUCCCUCGAAUGCGCGCGUCAAGUGGGCGGAGGGCGAGGUGGACGUAUUCCUGGACAUUAUCACCAGCAUGGGACUACAGUCGGCGCUGUUGCGCAAACGAAAUGCCAAGAUCUUCAAGCUGCUCUCCAAGGAGAUGGCCAAAAGAUCGUUUGACAAAGCGCCCGAAAAGCUGCGCAUCAAGUUCCAGCAUCUCAGACGGCAAUACAACAAGGCCAAGAACGGCACCGGCGAAAGUUUCGAGCACUUUGAGGCCAUGCACCAGCUGCUGAAUCCUGCCAAGAAAUCCAGCGCCGACACUGAACCGAAUUACAGCAGCGGCUCCGAGAGCGAUUACAUUUACAGCGACGAUGUCGACGCGGAGACAUCCCGACCCAAUCGCCAUCCCGAUACCUAUUACUGGACGGAUCACGAGGUGGAUGCCUUUCUGGCCAUCAUAAAGCAACAGAAUCUAUUUCGUGCCCUGGACGGCUCGAAGAAGCGCAACUUCAAGACCCUGGCCUACAUCUCGAACAUCCUGGCCAAGCAAUCGUAUCAGAGAACGCCGCAUCAGUUGCGCAACAAGUUGCGCCUGCUGCUGCGUCGCUAUCGUGAGGUCAAAAAGGAUGGCAUCAAAAAUGUGCGCAUGCUGCCGCGUCACUUCGAGAUGUUCGACGAUCUCAUGAAGAAGAAGCGCACCACCAAGACCAAGGCAACUGGAAAUAUGGCAACAGCAAGUACAAAUCAAGCUGGCACAAAGCCUGCGGCACUGGAGAGCGACAGCGAUGGCAGCAGCUCCGAUUCCAGCUGCGAUCUGUUGCGUGCCGCAGCCGAAAGCGAGGAGUACGAGGAUACAUUCGAGUUGCCGCCGGAGCCAACGCCGCUCGAGGUGCUGACCAACAUAAGCGAGGGCCAAAAGCAGCUGCUGUCCACGCUGACCGAAUCCCACGAGCGUUUCCUGCGCCAGCAGCGGGAAAUGCAGACGCAGUUCCUCCACGAAAUGUCCAACAUAAUGCGGCAGGAGCGCGAGGCGACAUUCCAAAUGCUGAGAGAGUUGAUGUCACCCAAGUGACUGAAUAGUUCAAUUAACUAUAAUCUCAGAGGUUGAAUAAACACAUUCGCAAACUUGUUUUAAGCUUCUAAAACUUUUAUUUAAUUGAAUUUGAAGUUAUUUGCAAAAAGUUCAUUAUUUAUCUGUGUGGAUCUCUUGUGUAUUUAUUUGUUAUUCAGUUUUUUACCUAAGUUGCCUUUGUUUUUUUUUGUUUAAUGCAAUUCAGUAUGAAUUUCAAUUUAGUUUUUUUUAAUAACUAUUUAAGUACUCAUAAUGUGUAUGUAAUUUUGAGAGAGCUUCGUUUUUGAUAUGCUACAUUGUUUUUUUUUUUUUUUUGCUCUUGGGAUUAAGUUAAUGUUGUAUUUAAUUUGUUUCAGUGUCUUUUUAACAUUAAGCUUGUAAUUAUGUUUUAUUUAUAUUUAUUUGUGUUUUGUUUACAUUUUUUCUCACAACAACUAAGCAAGCUCUUCAUAAAAAAUACACGUAUUUUUUUAUUGCAUAAUGUCUAGAAUUGAAAUCGAUCUCGCGUAAUAUGUAUGUAAUGUAUUCUUGUUUAUCAUUUUUUGUAUAUGUUGUUGUUGUUGUUGUUGUUAAUUCAAUUGUUUAACUAAAAAUCGACAACAAAUAGUUAAUAUAAUAUAUUAAGUAUCUAUGUGUAUUUGCAUAUGUUACGCUCAGGCACAAAGUGUAAAUUACAAAUAUUUCAAUAUAUUGUUAUUUUCUCGUUUUUUUUUUCGUUUUUGUUUUUUUGUGAUUUUAAUUAAAACAGAAACUAGACAAAUUCGAACGGCAUUUAAUUCAUUUGUAUAUUGUUUAAGAAACAUAAGUAGAUACAUAUCUUUGUAUAGGUAGCGGUGUCUUCGUUUUAUCUCAAUUGUUAUUUGUUUUUUUUUUUUUUUUGUAUAUUUUAUUUUGUGGUUUUCAAUUUAAUCUCUUGGAGCGCGGCUCGGCUUAAAUCUACAUUCAGGCGGCACUUGGCUGCUCUGGUCACACUGUCACAGUUGCUGGCGGCUAAAGCUUUGCUUGAGUUGGCGUCUGAGGCUGCUGCGCGGUUGCAGCGCGGUUGCUGCGCGGCUGCUGCUGCUGUUUUUGUUGAUACUGCGU